AUGACGUCUUCACUCAAAAGAAAGGCUACCGAGUACCCUGCUAAGAUCGACACUGAUGAUGGCAACUCCAGCACAAGGGAAUCCAAAAAGGGCCGCUAUGAUACUUCCAAUUCGCUUGAAGCCGACUCUUCACAGAAUACUGCGCAAACCUCCCCCUUCUUGAGCUUACCGCCCGAGAUGCGCCUACAAAUUUACGACCUUCUUCUCGUUUGCCGAACCAGAAAUGGGAGUCCUUCAUAUGAGUCCAUAGCAAAAGAUUACCAGCAGCCGCUGUUUCUAAAUCCAAUCCUACCACGGCUAGGAUGCCAAUCAAUGUUUCCUGCCAUACUGCAAACCUGCAAGCAGAUAUACUAUGAGGCGAUUUCAAUCUUGUACGGCAGCAAUGUAUUCGAUCUCGGGAAGCCGGCCCACAUCAAUAAAAUCAGCCGAUCAAAACUCAAGUUUUUACGACAUUUGGUCAUCUGUCCUUGUCAGCUCUCCGUAGCCACGCCGUGGGUGGGUUUACUCGAUACUCUAAUCGAUGAAGCAAAGGAUCUCAGAAACCUUAAGGUGGUAUUCGAUGCGCGCUACUUCGACACUGAACCUCAUGUUCGUGGACUGGGCGCGGACGUGCCCUUUGUGCGUGAACUUGCGAGGAUCAAACAAGUUGAGACACUUGAAAGGCUUGCAAUCGCAGGAUUUUACGCGAAACAUUGGCCAUCAUACUUACAGCAAGAGAUGGGAACUGGUGUGAAGGUCACUGCCGAAGCUGGUAUGUUUACAAGCCCAGCUGGCGUGGAGAAUACUAUAUGGUCAGAGAUGCAAAGUUUCCAAGUUACCCUGCUCAAGAAGUACCAAGAGUCGACGGAAAACCUCAUGCCAUAA